ACAAAAUGAGAUAGCAAAAAAACUUGUUUUUAUUUGUAGUAAUAUUCUUUUUGCUGUUCAAGUUAACAAUGGAAUGGUCACUUCCUUUCAAAAUUAAGGAAGAACCGCUUGAAAAUAUGAAGAGUGACUUCAACAUCAAUGACUAUUCAUAUCCAAAUGAAAUUAGUGAUGAUGAAUUAAUAUCCCUCACUGUUAGGGAUCUGAAUCGAUUACUAAAGUCAUCUGGUCUAACUAAGGCAGAAGUGCAGCGGCUGAAACAAAGGAGGCGUACCUUGAAAAACCGUGGGUAUGCUGCUAGUUGCCGUAAUAAGAGACUGGAACAAAAAGACGAUUUGCAAAAUGAAAGAUCUAUGGUACUCAAGGACAUAAAUUAUUUCAAAGAAAAUAAUAAGCUAAUUGAAAGUGAACUCUGUCAACUGAAGAAGAAGUAUGAAAGUCUGCGGCAGUUUGCAAUUCAGCAGAAAAUUGCCAUUCCUCCAGAAUUCGAUAUUCUCUUAUGAUUUGUGCUUAAGUGAGAAAUGCUGUUAAUUUAUGUUUUAGAAAUAACUGAACUAAAGGAUAAUGAUGCAAUAUUUUUCAACUUCAAGCUGUGAAAUGGAUGCAGCAUGAGGGUUUUGUACACUUGAACAAACAACAAAACCAAUGUGAGGGACAGUGGCAUUUUCAAGGGCAUUGUCCCCUUUUAGAGGAUACAGGGGAAAAAUCCUUUUUGAGGAUCUUUUCAAAUUCAGAACACUACUAUAAAAAUCAUUGCUGAAAUUAGAAUAGAGUUUUGAUUCCAAUUAGAUACUCAUGCUUAUUAAAAGUUGCAACAUCAUGAUAGAAUUAUGCAAAUGAUUGCACUAACAGAACAAUUAUUUAUUUUUAUCACUAUGAUAAAUAUGUAGUAUAAUUUCAUUCAUUUCAGAGUAUUCUUUCAUACAGUGUUGCAUAUUUGUAAAUAAGUUUUUUUUUUCUUUCUUGCUAUUUAAUUUUUUUUCUGAGCCUAUCUGAAAUAUUUCAGGGGGAACAGCCACAGCUCCCCCUUUUCCAGUUCUUACACCCUUGAUGAAGAAGGCAUAAAAUUUUCUUGCCUGUCAUACUGGUUUUGUCCCACUGUAUCGAAAAUUUGUCUCCUUAAAAUCAAAAACUCGGAAUAUUGAAAAUAGAUCUUCUCAAGAAAUGAGCUAAAAUUAACUUUUAAAACUUGAUCAAGCUUUUAUGCCAUGUAAUAAUUUUUUCUUGAUUCAUGUUAGUUGUUAAAAUUGACAGCUGAUUUUUUUUUUUUUUUUUUUUGUAAAGAAAUGUUCAUGAAAAUUUAGUUACAAACACAAUAACUCAUGUUUUACUUUUUCUUUGUUGAUUAAUAAUAAGAAUUUAUGUAAAGCAAUUGCAAUGCACACUACAGUAUUAUAACUAUAGAAUUGUUUGUUACUGGGCAAAAGGGAAAAAAUAUGGCUAUACUUUCUGUCAUAUUUUGUAAAUAUAUUGUUUCUUUGUUAUUUUUAUAAAUGUAUUGUAUGUUAUUUGUAGUUUAUUUUGGAAUUUUGGGUAAUAAUUUUUUUAUCUUCCAUAAUUUUAAUGAAAACUUUCUUUUGAAUAAAAACAGUUGAUUUUAUGUAAAUUUACAUUAAAGGUGUCUUGAAUGUUAAAGUUUAAACAAGUUCAAUUUUUUUGAGAAACAAGCCUCUGUGUCAAAUUAUGAAUAGCUUUUUUAAAGUAAUUUUUAAGUAAAAUGAUAACAUAGUGAUUUUAUUAACUAUUGCCGUUUAGAAAUUUAGUAAAAAUAUUCUAAAAAUGACAUAAGUGAAAUGCUUCAAUUGCAUUGCAAUAAAUUUUGUACAAAAACCAUCAAAAGUGCACACCAUUGCAAUUUUGUGAAUGAAUUUUGUAAAACUGAUGAAUAUUACUUUAACGAGGAAAACACUUAUUUCAUUUCUUUCCUUAAGAUAAGGAUCAAGCCACCCUAUUAGUAUUCAUAUCUUGUUUUAUAUUCUUAUUGGUAGUGGAGCAUGAAAUUAUUGAAGCAGUGAUUUUGCUUUUUGCUGUAUUAGAACUAGGACUUGAAAUUUAUUUUUACUGAUAGUGUUAUUUUGUGAAAGAGCUUUUGAAUAAA